UCUUGCGCAAAACAUGGGAUUUACGUUUUAGCGCUGCCUUUAAUGAAAAUGCGCCCCGGUUGGAAACUUUCUCAAUGGAUUUUACCGACGGCUUUCCAGACUGAGUUGCUGAUUUAUGGAAUAAACUCUCACCCAAAUUGGAUUUAUUUCACCUAAACGGGGGCUAAAGCGUCGAAAGCACGGACUUCAGAUGUGUCCCAUGCCAGCCAGAGUGGCCCUUCAGUCCCGAGAUGGAUUCCACAAGUCAGAACGACAGCGAUGGGGGAGGAGGACACCGCAGGUGGUCGCCAUCACCGACCAGCUCUCCGCGCACGCAGCAUGACGAAGGGAGACCGCAACCACGGCCUCCACAAACCCACGAUGGUCCGCCAGAUCCUGGUUUGACCAACGUGCAGCUGCCUCACACUCCAGCAGUGCUAUCUCUAGAUCAGAUCAGGAUAACUGGGAGUAGUAAUGAGUACACAGAAGGGCCCACAGUGGCCCAACGGUCUCCAGCCUCUCCGCACAGGCAGCAGAAGAGUGACUUGGUUCCGUCUCUGGGUUCAAGGACAAGUGGGCAGCAGGAGACCCGGGAAGAGGAGCCCAAUAAUCUCCGUAACCUGCAUUCAUUGACUCAGUAUGGAAACGCAGAUAUCUCCUCCAGGGAGGGCGUGCUGCGGUCCUCCAGUGCAGAGGACUCUCAGAGUAGCAUCAGGACCAGCGUGGGGAGCACCUCGUCAGGACAGAGGCUCCUCAGCAGCCCGACAGGCAGCAACCAGAUAAUCAGAACCCAGCCCAAACGUGCAGAGCUAAACUCAGAAGAGCUGAAACCCCUGAACGAUGAGUCCAGGGCUGUGUUGGCCGUGCCUGGCAGCGGAACCUAUAAAAGUCAAGAUAUACACACCAACAAGUGUGAGGACUGCGGUCGGUGCUGCUGCCCAGAGUGCAGUCGCCCACGGGUGCUUCCUUCCUGCUGGAUGUGUGGCCGUCGGUGCGUGUGCUCGGCGCAGAGCGCGGUGGAGUACGGCACGUGUGUCUGCUGCGUCAAGGGGCUUUUCUACCACUGCUCCAGCGACGACGAGGACACGUGCGCCGAUAAGCCCUUCUCGUGCUCGCAGUCGAACUGCUGCGUCCGCUGGACCACCGUGUCGCUCCUCUCCCUGCUCUUCCCCUGCCUCCUGUGCUACCUCCCGGCUAAAGGAUGUGUCGCUGUGUGCCAGAGCUGCUAUGACCGAGUCACACGACCCGGCUGUCGGUGCAAGAACACGAACCCAAUCCACUGUGAGGAUGUUGGAAAGCCAACGUAGACGAGCUGGUGGUGAAUGUUAAAAUGCAGAAGGAUGGAAAGACUCCAUGUUGACCGAACUGAUAGAUGGCCCUGUAGUUGUGUAUUUGAAAGGUUUGAUUAGAGAGCUAAUGAGUUUUUGUGUUUUCCAUCUAGAUCUUCACACCUACCACCUCUGGGCGAGGCAUUUUGACUCAACAUGUUGACAAAAAUGUUUCUUCAAAAGGCACUGGAGGUGCAUUCACUCACCCUAGCGUUAGGAGUUUCACUUGAAAGGUAAACCAAAAUAAGCGCUCCACAUGUUAAAAGGUAUGAAGACAUAUUCAACUACUGUUUUGUCCUGAAAAUUUUUCACUCAAGUGCCCAGAUAUCGUGUUGUUGCUAUGAGAGUCCAAAAGGAUAGCCUUUUUGUUUUUUAACAUUUAAUACAACUUAUAUGCUAAGAACAGACUCCUAUUACUAACUGUAUGUAAAGUAGUAAAUGCAAAGGGUAUGUACAUUAGAAAAUGAGUUUGACAGAUGUUUUAUUUUUGUACAUAUAAUAAUACUUCAACUGUGAAAAGUUUUCUGCCACACCAGAGGCACCUUGGUAAAUCCACAUUUACAUGAAUCAGUAAACAUCAUUCACACAAUGUUUGUACAUUCACUGGAAUGUAUAUCAAUCAUUUUAUGUAAUUUACAAAGGAAAAAUCUUAUCCCUUCUACUUGUAAAUUGUACAGUGACCUUAUAUGAAAAAUUUAUUUUCUAAUUCCAACAUUGCUUAGUGUAAAGUUAAAAGUAUAUAUUUAUUUGAAGGUUUAUUAUUUUAUAAUGAAAAAUAUUUAUUUUGAGAAAGCAUUGUGUCACCUGUUAUGGGACUACUCCGUGGUCGCUGCAGAUUUCGAGGUGACCUGUGGGAGUGUCGAAGCUGGAUGAAUAGUUCACUAUGAAUUAGAAGACAAAUAUAUUAACGUUUGAAAUUAAACAACCUUGAAGUCUGA